AUGGCAACGGAAACAGAUGUCGGUAAUGCCGCCGUACAGCUUGAGAUGCAAGAAGCUCUCGAUACCACCAAUAAGCUGCAGAAGAGGAACAUUUCCUUCAGCAUUUGGCCGCCGUCGCAACACACACGCGAUGCCGUCAGAAAGGGCCUUGUCGACACCCUUUCCACCACUUCGAUCCUCUCUAAACAUUAUGGCAUUGUACCGACAGAAGAAGCCACCGUUGUCGCCGAACUUAUAGAGGAUGAGGCCUUCGUUGUCGCUUCCGCCUCCGCCUCCUCCGCCUCUGCUGAAGAUGACGACAUCGAGGUCCUUCAGGCUUACUCAAAAGAGACAAGCAAACGGAUGCUUGAUCACAUGAAAUCCAGAUCCGCUCCGCCGGAAACAACGUCGACGUUGGAGGAAGAGAGCUGUGUGACCACCGCCAAUUCUGCUUCUAACGAUGAUGAAAGCUCUACGGUCGAAGUAGCUGAAUCUCAAACUAUUUGA